GGGACUAUUUCGCAGACAGAAGAAAAUAGUCGAGAAACGAUCGAGCAAGUUACGGUGCUCUUGAUCCUGAAGAAACCAUGAGCAAUUCCAACAUACGGGAGGCCUUUCAGGUGCUUACCAACGAGGCCAAAGAUUUGUUCCUGCCUCCCAGCAUCCCCGAAACGUUUGGCAUUCCCACAGCGCUGGAAUUUGUACGUGAUCAUGUGGCUAAAAAUCUGCCAGUAAUCAUGCGUGAAGCUAUAACCGACUGGCCCGCACUGGAGAAGUGGAAUUCGAAAUACUUUCGAGAUACGAUUCCAGACAAAGAGGUAACAGUGGCGAUCACCCCCAAUGGCUACGCUGAUGGAUUAGCGACACACGAAUCUGAGGAACACUUCGUCCUGCCACUGGAGCAGAUCAUGCGAAUGGAGGAAUUUCUUUCGAUGCUCGAUAACAAAAAUCCAAACAGUAUUCCUUAUAUACAACGACAAAAUUCAAACCUGACGGAAGAUUUUCAAGAACUAUGGGAGGACGUGAACGAAGGCAGCCUCAACUUUGCUUCCGAAGCAUUCAACAAACAACCGGACGCGAUCAACUUUUGGAUGGGCGAUGAAAGAGCUGUUACAUCCAUGCACAAAGAUCCGUAUGAGAACAUAUACUGCGUGAUUUCGGGAUACAAGGACUUUAUUCUAAUUCCUCCAAUCGACUUGCACAACGUACCGAGAAGGCAAUAUCCUAUGGGCAUUUAUAUGCAGGAAAACGAUGACAAAAUUGUGAUCGAACCUAUCCUUGAUGAAAUUGGAAAACCCCGGCUGAUUGAGUGGGUAAGCGUGGAUCCACUGGAACCGGACCUUCAGCUGUACCCGUCCUAUGCCGAUGCGACUACGUACGAGAUUCGGCUGAACGCGGGCGAUAUGCUGUACUUGCCGAGCCUAUGGUACCAUCAUGUACGUCAAAGUCACAAGUGCAUUGCUGUGAACUUUUGGUACGACAUGGAGUACGAUGCUCGAUACUGUUUCUACCGAAUGAUAGAAAAACUAUGCAAUUAUGGACAAUGAGGCAGACAGUGUGGCACCGUUUAUGCUUGCUUUAAUUUAUGUGUAACUUGCACAAUAAAAAAAGUAUUUGUUCAAAAACCUACGAUCGUUUAUUGUAAUAUGUAAAAUUUCAGUGAAAUAGUUACUUAGUCUAAUUAAAUAAAUGCUAAAA